UGUUAGAUUUUCGUUAACUUUUUUCCUCUGGUGCAUAAAAGAAUUGCCAUCACCGAACACCCAUUUCCGAAAUCGAAAUCGAAAUCGAAACCGGAACUGGAUUCGUUUUCUCCACAGUCUACAGUACUACCGACCACCCAUUCUUGCCGCCGAUUUGCUCCAGAAUCUCACUGUUCCACUGCGUCUCUCACUUUCUCUGGUAAUGUCAGCUAUCAAGCAGCCAUUUCAGCUGACCUCCUCGUCUUCUUCUUCCCUCUGCUCUCUCCGGGGCUCUCUCCUCACUCUCGCCAUUCUCACCCUUGUUUCCUUCACUUAUCUCUCCUUUACUUCCCUCCACUCCUUUGUUCCCUCCUCUCCCUCCCCUCAGCUGCCCAUUAAGUUGGGAGGCGUUAGCGUUAGCGAUGCCGCGGAAGAGGAGAUUUCAGAUGUGUACCACUCUCCUGAGGUUUUUCGGUUGAAUUAUGCGGAGAUGGAGAGGAAAUUCAAGGUUUACAUAUACCCAGAUGGCGAUCCCAAUACCUUCUACCAGACUCCGAGGAAGCUCACUGGAAAGUAUGCGAGUGAAGGUUACUUCUUCCAGAAUAUUAGAGAGAGUCACUUCCGCACCAACGAUCCGGAUCAGGCCCACCUCUUUUUCAUUCCGAUCUCAUGCCACAAGAUGCGAGGCAAGGGCACUUCCUACGAGAAUAUGACGAUAAUUGUCCAAAAUUAUGUCGAAGGCUUGAUAUCCAAGUAUCCUUACUGGAACAGAACCUUGGGUGCUGAUCAUCUUUUUGUCACUUGUCAUGAUGUUGGAGUGAGAGCUUCUGAGGGGCUGCCUUUUCUUAUAAAGAAUUCAAUUCGAGCUGUGUGCUCUCCUAGUUAUGAUGUUGGAUUCAUUCCCCACAAAGACGUUGCUCUUCCUCAAGUACUGCAGCCAUUUGCUCUUCCAGCUGGAGGAAAUGAUCUAGAAAAUAGGACAACACUUGGAUUCUGGGCUGGCCAUCGAAACUCUAAGAUUAGAGUUAUACUAGCACGUGUGUGGGAGAACGAUACAGAACUUGACAUUUCAAACAACAGGAUAAACAGGGCUACUGGACACCUGUUGUACCAGAAAAGAUUUUACAGGACCAAAUUCUGCAUAUGCCCAGGAGGUUCUCAAGUCAACAGUGCUCGAAUAGCUGACUCAAUCCAUUAUGGAUGUAUUCCGGUGAUAUUGUCAGAUUAUUAUGACCUUCCCUUCAAUGAUAUUCUUGAGUGGAGAAAGUUUUCGGUGAUAGUUAAGGAACGUGAUGUAUACCAAUUAAAGCAAAUUCUCAAGGACAUAUCUGAUAUGGACUUCAUUAAACUCCACAAAAACCUAGUGAAGAUUCAAAAGCAUUUCCAAUGGAAUUCACCUCCAAUCAAGUAUGAUGCAUUCCAUAUGGUGAUGUAUGACUUGUGGUUACGGCACCAUGUCAUCAAAUACUGAUAUGUUGUAGCUUCAUGGUUUUCUUCUACAAAGUUUUGUUCGUUACUCAUUGAAAAAGAAGAAAGAAAAGUUUGUAACCGAAUUUUGUACAUUUUAGAAUAUAGUUCUUCUCUGGUAUACUCUGUUUGACGUUACUAUGAACAAUACUUCCAUACUGACUGGACAACAUGAAUUUCGUGUUGUCUGAUUAUAAAAUUUUUUUAUAGA